UUUGUUUAGAGGAAGGCCGGGGAUUGGUUGGCAACAACGCCUGUUGUGUAGCGGUUCUCGGCGAAGGUGGUGCCCGGCGCCGGCUGGUGUCAAUUCUUACUUCAGUCUGGUCACGCGCCCUUUUCCUUCGAUUGGUGCGUUUCUUCCCUUUUCUCGCUUGCCUUGCUGCGGCUUCUAGUCUGGUGUGAGCAGGAUCAUGGCGGAUGGUAACAGAGGCCCAUUAAUAAGUGAAAUCAGACAGCGUUUUGAAACAGAAUAUAUAUCAGCAAAAAAAGAUAAAUAUGAUUCCAGGGAUAUAGAAAGAUUACAUCAAGAUGAUACCUGGGUUGAUAAUUUCUUAAUAUGGCGAGAUGAUAUUGUGGAUGAUACAUUGAAGAUGAUUGAUGAAAGCUUUCAGUGGAGAAAAGAGUACGCAGUUCAUGAUUUGACUGAAUCUUCUUUUCCAAAAUCGAUGUUUGAUGUUGGUGCUGUUUACCUACAUGGUUAUGAUAAGGAGGGCUAUAAAAUAUUUUGGUUCAGAGUGAAAUUACAUACAAAAGAUUCUAAAACACAAUUUGAAAAAAAGAAACUAGUAGCCUUUUGGUUAGAGCGCUAUGCAAAAAGAGAAAAUGGAAAGCCUUUGACAGUGGUGUUCGACAUGGCUGAUACUGGACUGAGUAAUAUCGACUUCGACUUUGUCCGGUAUAUCAUUAGCUGUUUCAAAGUAUAUUAUCCUAAUUUCCUCACAAAAAUUGUUAUUUUUGAACUGCCUUGGGUAAUGAAUGCUGCUUUUAAAAUUGUGAAAAAUUGGCUGGGUCCAGAAGCAGCCACUUUGCUGAAGUUGACCAAUAAGAAUGAAAUCCAGGAGUAUAUAAGUGCUGAAUACCUACCACCCUAUAUGGGUGGAACUGAUGCUUUCAAGUACAGUUAUCCUCCAUUAGUUGAUGAUGAUUUCCAAACUCCAUUAUGUGAAAAUGGUCCCAUUACCAGUGAAGAUGAAGCUGAAUGCAAAGAAGUAGACACCAAUAACAAAGACAAUAUAGAUACUACUGAAGAACAGGCACUCAAUUCAAAAAAGGCGAAUUUUGCAGAACAAACUCCAAAAUCAGAAGAGUGUGAUAAAUUAGAUUCUAAAGCAAAAAAUGCCAAGAAAGCACUUACCACUUUUAAAGGAUCUUUACUGCAUAUCAGUCCAGCAGAAGAAUUGCAUUUUGGGUCCAAAGAAACUGCAGAGAAGAAAUGCUUGAUAGUUCUAACAAACGUGACUAAAAAUACAGUGGCAUUUAAGGUGAGAACGACUGCUCCUGACAAGUACAGAGUAAAGCCAAGUAACAGCAGUUGUGAACCUGGCACUUCAAUAGACAUCAUUGUGUCUCUUCAUGGGGGUUGUGCAGCUUCUUUGCAAGACCGUUUUCUAAUUAUGGCAGCAGAAAUGGAACAGUGCUCUGGAGUAGGAGCACAGGAACUAUCUCAAUUUUGGAAGGAAAUUCCCAGAAACAAAGUGAUGGAACAUAGGUUAAGAUGCCAUGUUGUAGAAAGUAGCAAGCCUUCUUCUUUAACUAUAAAUGAAAAUGCCUUUAAUAGUCCUUCAAAAACUAAUGAAGAUUUGCACUUUCAGUUAAGGCAACUAUUACAAGCUAAUAAAAGACUUCAAGAGCAGCUUGACCGUUGUGUCUGGUUCCAACAACUUACACUUUUCCUAAUCUUUCUCUUAGCCGCUUAUUGUUUGCUUCUUUAUGUUGUAUGAUCUAAGAAGCCAAAUAUAAUGUCACAUCUAUGCAGUUGUGCUAGAAAAAGGCAAAGAACCAGUAUUAUUCUAUGGCCCUGCUUAACUGCCAAAAGUGAAAUCUAUUUAGGUUUUCUUAAAAAAUAAAAAAGUAACAAUGUGAUCUAUGCCUUUAACCAGCACAUAUGACUUUGUUAAUUUAUUGCAAUUCAAGAAAAAUGAGCUAAUGAGAGUCUUUCCACUGGACACCAUAGUAGCUGUUACAGAGCAACAACAUCGUUUCUCUUUAUUUCUGUCAUGCAGAAGUUAUACAAGAUAAAAUGCUUAAUUUAGUGCAUAAAAUGUAACAUUUCCUUUGAAAUGUAACUGGGGAAUAGCAGACUGGACUCUCCUUUACAUACGUGGUCCAGAUGUCUAUGGACCACGGUCCAUGUAUGUACAGUCUAAAACUGAAGAACUCAUUUCCGAUUCUUACUUAUAUCUUCCAGAAACGUUGCAACUAUUUUAUACCAAGUGGCUCCCAUAUUUCCAAAGAUAUUAGUAAGCUUGCUUUUAUAAGACUCUUGUAGCUUGUUUCAUGCAAGAAGGUGCUAUAUACCGUACUUUGAUCUCAGUACCCUCUUUUUUAGUGAGAGUCUCUCUACAGAGUUAAAACCACAUUGUGAUGUCAGUUUCCUGACGCAGUAUACUGAAUACAUUUUCGUGUAGUUUGGGGAUAACUGGUGGAAUAUCAUAAAUUAUGAUUCCUACAGUUUGGAAUAAAAAGUAUACAGGAAGAUUCAUGAAAAGAACCGUAAUUUCUAAAUAUUUUAGUUCUACUCUAAGAUGUAUACAAAUCUCUUAAAUAUUUCUUGUACUCAAUUAGGCUUACCAUUUCAUGAAAAUUCACAGAAGCUGAUAAUUAUCUAUCAGCUAUCCAUAUCUAUCAGUAUGGAAUCUUUUUUUAGAUCUUGUCAAGCUGAGACAAAACAUAGAUACAUAUUUCGAAGCAAGCCUUAAAAUCAGUUCUGAAUGUUUUUGUCACGCUGCAAAAUAUUGUAAAACAUAAAUCCAAAGCAUAUCAUAUCCAAGCAGUUCUCAUUUGUGCACAGAGACAUUUUUUUUACAUUCCCAGUGUAUUCCUAUUUUUUAUUUUAAAAAACUCAGAUUACCCAAAAAUUUCCAUAUGUAGGGAGGUUAUUAGACAAUAGUGGAACCAACACUCACAGCAAAGCACAUUUUUGUUACAAAAUGCAACUCCUAUCACAAAUGUAUAUCUUGAUAGUACUAUUUAUUCCUUUUUUGUUUUCUUUCUGGAUUAGUAAUUGCCAUUUAAUUAGGCCACUUUUAAUGCAUUCAUGGAAGCUUAUAUGAUUUCAAUAGGCUUGUGCACUUAACUACAUUGGAUGUGCAACUUUAAGGGUAUAAUCCUGAUGUGUUCGUUCUGCUGGUUACAGAAGAAAAUUUUGGAAGACCCUGUUUAAAAAAAUACUGUCCUGCUUUCAUUGAGUCUAGUUCACCUUAUUUCUAGUCAUAGACACACAGGAGAAAUACUGAAACUCACUAAGAAUUUUGAUCAAUAUAAACGAAAAAUGCAUAUUAAUUUGCAGGGCAAUUUCAAUCCAGACAAAAUGAUACUUAUAUAAUAAUGAAAGAUCUUUCCAGUGUUACCUUUUGUGUUCCUGGAGCUAUUCUGUACUGGUUUAUCAUUUUUUAGCAAUUGAUCACAAGCUACUCAAUUUUCUGGGGUUCACUCAGGUUAUCUUCUCUAUUAAAGAAAAACACUACUUUCAUUUCCAUAAGGAAGCCAAACCUGUUUGAAUCAUUUGUUUCGCAUCUCAAAUCUGAAACAUCUGUGCUUUCAAUAAAUUUAUAACUUAAAUGUUCUUCAGCAAGAUACCUGAAUUAUAAAAUAGAGAAUUAUUCUAGUCUUAAAUGUUUAAAAUAUUUUUAGAAAAUAAUUACCAUAAGUUGGAAUGAAAGUAACUGCACUUUAUUGAAUAUUUUCCUGAUGUAUCCAUAAAAAUUAUGUCAAAUAUUAAUAUUCUGGUGCUUAAAUAUUUUCAGUAUUUUAUAACUGUAGUCAUAUUUUCUAUGUGAAAUUUAGUAGGUAUUUUCUAUUUAAUAUGUUAUACAUGAAUAAUUUGUGAAAUAAAUUAGUGUUUAUUGCAGUUCUUACAAAACAGCCACAAUUUUGAUAUAUUUUCAAGGCUGUAACCCUUUUCUUGCACUUCGAUAUAAUUUGUAUUUAAAAUGUACUAUUAAACUGCCUUCCACUCUA